GGACUGUAUGAGCCAUUUUGCAGGCAGUUGUUAGCGUGCGAGUUUGUGGAACGGCUGGGAGGGGAAAAAGCAUCCGCUUGGUGGCGAUUGUACUGAGAACGGUGUGCUGAUAUUAUCAGGAAUAUUUCUCGAGACACCUUCUUCCCUCGACGUCUGGUUCCUAUUUAGAUGGCAAGCUAUCCCGACUUUGUAAACGAGAAUGAAAUAGCAAGAUCACGGACCAUUGGGGAACUUAUAUCGCCGACUUCUCCAUUUGAACAGAAGUAUGGCCGUGAAAACUGGACGGUGGCUUUUGCUCCAGAUGGCUCCUAUUUUGCUUGGUCUCAGGGUCAGCGAAUUGUGAAACUGGUUCCUUGGACUCAGUGCCUUAAGAAUUUUGCUGCUGGCAAUACAAAAAAUAGUGUUAACUUGACAAAUGCAAGGUUGUCACGACAGAACAGUGAUGUAGCACAGAGGAACAAACCACAGGAGCAUACAAUAGACUGUGGGGAUAUCGUGUGGAGCCUGGCUUUUGGAUCAUCGGUGCCAGAAAAGCAGAGUCGUUGUGUGAAUAUAGAAUGGCACCGCUUCAAAUUCGGUCAGGACCAACUUCUCCUUGCCACAGGGCUGGGAAAUGGGCGAAUCAAGAUCUGGGAUGUUUAUACAGGGAAGCUCCUCCUUAAUCUGAUGGAUCAUGCUGAAAUUGUAAGAGAUUUGACAUUUGCCCCAGAUGGCAGCCUUAUACUUGUUUCUGCUUCCAGAGACAAAACGCUCAGGGUGUGGGACCUGAAAGAUGAUGGAAACAUGAUGAAAGUGUUAAGGGGACACCUAAACUGGGUGUAUUGCUGUGCAUUCUCCCCCGAUUCCUCCAUUUUAUGUUCCGUCGGAGCUGGUAAAGCAGUGUUUCUGUGGGACAUGGAUAAAUACAUUAUGAUUCGUAAGCUAGAAGGGCACUACAAUGAUGUGGUAGCAUGCGAGUUCUCUCCUGAUGGAGCUUUGUUGGCUACUGCAUCCUAUGAUACCAGGGUUUAUGUUUGGGAUCCCCAUAUUGGGUCUAUUCUCUUUGAACUUGGGCACUUAUUUCCUCCACCCACACCUAUAUUUGCAGGAGGAGAUAAUGGUCGAUGGGUGAGAUCUGUCUCAUUUAGUCAUGACGGAGUACACAUUGCAAGUCUUGCUGACGACAGGUUGGUGAGAUUUUGGCGCAUUGAUCGUAAAUGUCCUGUUGAAGUUGCACCUCUAAAUAAAGGUCUUUGCUGUGCCUUUUCUACUGAUGGCAGUGUUCUAGCUGCUGGAACUCAGGAUGGAAAUGCAUAUUUCUGGGCAACUCCCACUUAUGUUUCCAGCCUUCAGCACUUAUGUCGAAUGGCAAUAAGAAGAGUGAUGACUACAAGUCAAGUCAAGAAUCUGCCAGUGCCUCCAAAAACCAUGGAUUUUCUUACCUACCAAAUGGUAUAAGGAACUUUAUUCCAUCAACCUGUUCCAUUUGUUGAAACUGGCAACGCACUCAAAUGCAUUACACCAUUUAUGCUUUAAAUGUUACAACCUAUUUUGAAUAUUUAAAGUACAGUAUUUAAACAUUGAUGCAUUUCUGAUCACGCUGAGCUUUAAAUGUGAUUUUAGGGGUGUUCUACAUCCCUCCCAAGGUGAAAUUGGAAUGUGGACUCACAAUCUGUACAACUGUGAAACUGUAAAUACAUGUGUAAGCUGCUAUACGUGCAUUUCUGUUGCUUAAAUAUUUAGAACUUUUUUUUUUUUUUUUUUUUUAGUAUGGCUUAUUUUAGAAUGUCUGUUUCAUCUUUUGUGUAUGAUGAACUAUGAACUAGGGUCUGCUGGUGCGUGCUGCAAAAUGUGGACUGGGAUCCAUUCGGUGGGGCUGUUGUAGGCAAGAGGUGACCUAAGUGAUUUUCCCCUAACUUACAUUCUUCCUUCCUCCCUUUUUUUUUUUUUUGGUGACGUUGUCACAAAGUACAGAUUUACUCUCUGGCUUUAAGUUUUAACUUCAUGAGUCCAGUCUUCAUGUUUUUUCAUGUACAUGUUUUUAGAGAUGAGUUUGUGGGGGUUAGAUUGUAUUGCAAUAUUCUACAUGUGAGCCCUCAUGAAAAUCUUUAGGGGCUUAUUUUGGUUGGCUGCCAAAGAUGAGCAAAGUGUUCUCUACUGCCUUUUGCUGUUUGCACUUGCAAGUUAAACGAAUGUAUGCAGUGCACCUAAUGCUAACCAUAUAUUUUUGUUGAAUUAUGCCAAAAGGUCUAUAAAUAAACACUUUUUUUGUAA